GCCAACUGCAUCAUCCCGCAUCACCAUCACCUUCUCUCCCAAGCUUCAAUGGCUGCUGCACAGCAGAGCUACUAGCCCCGAAAUACCAGCUCUCCCAUUUCCGCAAUGAAUCACGCUGCCUCAUAACUGCAUCACAGCUCAGUAAACAAGGCGCCGUGCCCCUGGCGGCAUCAAGCGGCUCGACAUGUAUUGGCCCAUUGGAACGCCGCGCAUCUACGCUACCAGCAGCAAUCAAAUCGCCGUCAAUAAUCUGAUCCUCUCCUACGAUGGCCUGCAAUCGCCCAUGGAUGAUGCGCCUGUCCACGACAAUGGCACCGCCGAGCUCAAUGACGACGAAGACGACGAGUACAACAACAAUAACGCCGAAUCCCCUUCCCCCUCUCCUAAUCCAAACGACCUGAAACCACCGCCCACACCCAAGACACCACUGUCGCCGCGCACACCUAUGGUCCAGUCGGCCGAGUUUGAGCAGGACCAGCACGCCAGCCCAGUCAAAAGCAGAGCUCUCGCCGCUCCAUCUGUCCCAACCCAAGAUCCGAUAAUAGCUCUUCGUGUAUCCAGAGCUGGCCAUCUCUACGCCGUUAUUACAGCAACUUCCAUUACCCUCUGGCAGACGAAGCCUUCCGUUAUCUUAGCCAUUGUGGUUCGCUCCGAUUCUUCGCUCGAGGUGUACGGUGAAAAUGUCGACCUUUUGCUCCGCCCAGACUCCGCCAUCCUGGUGGUCCAGACGUCAAAGGGCUACCUAAUCACAUACUCCAUCGCCAGCGACGGAGAAUCCCGCGUGUAUAAACCACAAUUUCCUCAUUAUCAUAAUAUCCAGCGCAGAAAGCAAAGCCUCAUGGGCCCGCUCGCUGGCCUCCAGCCAGAUCAGUACCUCUGGGGCCCUGGAGAAGGAUCUGGUGUGCGUGACGUCAGCGUCCGCUUCCGCAUGGUUAUCAAGAUUGAUGCUGGCAUCGAAUCAGCUCUCGCUCUAGACGACGAACUAGUGGUAUCAACACGGAAACCUGCAGCUGUACAAUGCAUUCGAUGGACACCAGACAGCACGGGCAACCAAACUCGAACAGAGCUUCUAAGCCGCAUGUCGUGGGUCGAAAACAAGGUCUGCAUAACCGGUAUGACCUACGACCGUCCCAUGAACCUUGCUACCUGGGUUACCAGCGACGGAAGAGCAUAUGCAGUGCAGCGACAAAAGGAGAGGCCCCAGCAGGACGACGCUGACGCCAAGAAGCUUUUCAAAGGACAUUGCUUUCACACACCAGAGAGUGAGAACAAAGGUCAUGCUGUUCGCGCCGUUGUAAAUGCUCGGUUCUCGCUCAUUGCGGUAGGAUGCUCCGACGGUACCAUUCGCGUAUAUUCGGUCCGCGACUAUGCUGGAAAUAUCGUCCAUUCUCACACACAACAAAUCCCGACAUCAACAUCAACCUCGGGCGCCUUGACACACCUGAGCUACUCACCAGAUGGCUAUUGUCUCUUUGCUGGGUUUGCAAAGGGCUGGGCUACUUGGAGCAUGUUUGGAAAGCUCGGCACAAACAGCUUUGGCGCUGAUGCCACCCAGUCUGCGCUUGGAUAUGAAGAGCCAUGGCUAGCUGGUGUCGUUGGCGCAUCUUGGAUCGGCGGGGGUUCCGAAAUCUUGCUGAUUGGCCGCGAGAACGAAGCUGUUUGGUCUCUCGAGAUGGCCAAGAGCGCUGUGACCGGCUGUUAUAACGACGCCAACGUUUUCCGCACGGUUUUGCAGACCCCGACAGGCAUCAUGGUGUACCGUGGCUAUGAUUUACCAGAUAUGACAAGUAUCUCGGCAGAGCCUUUCUUGUGGCAUACCAGCAGAGUACCAGCCAUCUAUCUAUUGAACCAGUGGCCGAUACGACAGGCGGUUAUAUCGCCCGACGGUAGGUACGUAGCUAUCGCUGGCCGACGCGGUCUCGCUCACUACAGCGUUAACAGUGGCCGUUGGAAGACAUUUGCCAGCGAAGCCAUGGAAAACGAAUUCCAAGUUCGCGGAGGCAUGUGCUGGUAUCAGCAUGUCCUCGUUGCCGCCGUAGAGGGCAACCAUACCUACGAGCUGCGACUCUACUCACGCGAGACGGCGCUGGAUGCCUCACAGGUCCUUCACACUCACCCGCUGCCGGCCCCCGUUGUCCUCAUUACCACAUCUGGCGAAGACUCUCUCCUCGUCUACACAUACGAUAACCUUCUCUACCAUUUCAUCUUUACGCCAUGGUCCGACUCUAUCCGGCUUGUCCAGGUCGGCCAAAUUGCUUUCCAUGGCAUUGUCCGAUCUCCCGCUCGAGUCCGUGGUCUAAGCUGGAUCUUACCAGAUAGCCAACUUUCCGAUGGUGACCCCUCGCAAGAUGUUGCUGUAGCUUCUGUUAUCUUUUUAGUGGACGGCAAGCUUGUACUCCUCAGUCCCUCAAUGAACGAUGAAGGGCAACUGAAAUAUGACAUGCGUGUAAUUGCACAAAAUGUGGAAUACCACGCCAGCAUGCGCGAUCAGCCUUUGCUCAACAUGACGAGAGAAGAGGAAGCAUCAUCCCUCAAGAACGGGCCAUCUGCGCUUCGAGACUCCCUCUGGGUCUUUGACGGAACCGAGGUCAAAGCAUGGACCAACAUUGGCGAUAUUUUGAGCGCCGCCUCCUCUGAUACUGCCAAGGAGCUUCCCUCUCCAGUUUCCGUGCCCGUUGACUUUUACCCUCUAUCUAUAUUAUUAGAGAAGGGCAUCGUGUUGGGCGUUGAAUCGGAUCUGGUCCAGCGUCGUGAUGUCAACUUUUCCUUCUUCCACUUUGCCAUUCGCACACACCUUCUGCUGCCCGAUGUACUACGAUACUAUUUGCGACAAAACAGGACAAUCGAGGCAACAGCCCUCUCGGAACAAUAUCACAGCCUAGCAUACUUCUCUCAUGGUUUGGAAAUCCUUCUUCACCGUGUUCUUGACGAUGAGGUGGACUCGUGUCCCAAACCGGAAGAUGCGGUUCUGCCGCGAGUUUUGUCGUUGCUAUCGUCGUCAAAGGAAUAUCUCGAUGUCGUCUUGCAAUGUACUCGCAAAACGGAGGUUCGACAAUGGAGCACGCUGUUUGCCUACCUUCCCCCUGCCCAAGAGUUGUUUGAGGAAUCACUUCAAAGAGGCUCUUUAAAGACUGCUGGCGGAUACCUUAUUAUUCUUCACACACUAGAGGAACUUGGAGGAGCGGCGUCCACGGAACAGACAGUCCGAGUGCUCUCUCGAGCCAUGAGAGAAGGCGAGUGGGAGCUGUGCCGAGAGCUGGCUCGCUUCUUAGCCGCCAUGGACGAGACGGGCGAGAUGCUGGAGAAGACAAUGGCGGAGGCGAAGUUAGUCCUAAGUCAGGAUGACCCAGUGCCUGUCAAGCAAAUGGCGAGCUUAAUGGUGCCUAGCAUGGGACGAAACGGCGAUAGUGAUGACGAUGAAGGCCAGCUCUCGCUCUCCGAGUCGGGCAGCGUGAGCUCCUUGGCCAGUCCAUAGCGGAGUAUAUAGUCAGCAAGUUUGUUGCGGAGUUUAUGAUUUGAGGGUCUUUUUUUCUUUAUUGCGAUCAAAAAGUAUUCCAAUAGAAUGGUGGUGAAUUAGACUUUGGUGUUUUCUUGUCAUCUCGCUUGUACUGAGUGUUGCUGUAGGCGCUGAUGUCGCGUACAAUCAACACCACCACCCAACCAACCUAGAAAUAGAAAUAAUUUCUAUAUAACCCAUUUCUAU